GUCAGAGGCAUGUGUAAUUCUGAUCUGGAAAAAAAAAAUCGGAAUCCAGGAAAGCAAGCUAUAAGGUUUUUUGUGUGAUUGGAGAAUACAGUUGGAAGUGGAAGUGGAACCUACAAAAUAUCUUUUAGGAUGUUUGAAGAUGACGAAAAAGUGAAAUUACGCCGUCUUGAACCAGCUAUCCAGAAAUUCACUAAGAUAGUAAUCCCAACAGAUCUGGACAGGUUACGUAAACACCAGAUAAAUAUUGAGAAGUAUCAACGCUGCAGAAUCUGGGACAAGUUACAUGAAGAGCAUAUCAAUGCAGGACGUACAGUUCAGCAACUCCGCUCUAAUAUUCGAGAAAUGGAAAAGCUUUGUUUGAAAGUCCGAAAAGAUGACUUGAUACUUCUGAAGAGAAUGAUAGAUCCUGUUAAAGAAGAGGCAUCAGCAGCAACAGCAGAAUUUCUCCAACUCCAUUUGGAAUCUGUUGAAGAACUUAAGAAACAGUGUAGUGAUGAAGAAACUCUAAUAGAGCCUUCUUUGACUAGAUCCAUGACUGUUGGUGGAGCAAUUCACACACCUGAAGCGGAAGCUGGUUCUCAAAGUUUGACUCAGAUAUAUGCAUUGCCUGAAAUUCCUCGAGAUCAAAAUGCUGCAGAAUCAUGGGAAACCCUAGAAGCGGAUUUAAUUGAACUUAGCCAACUGGUCACUGAUUUCUCUAUCCUAGUAAAUUCUCAGCAGGAGAAGAUUGACAGCAUUGCAGACCAUGUCAACACUGCUGCUGUGAAUGUUGAAGAGGGAACCAAAAACUUGGGGAAGGCUGCAAAAUACAAGCUGGCAGCUCUGCCUGUGGCAGGUGCACUCAUCGGAGGAAUGGUGGGGGGUCCGAUUGGCCUCCUUGCAGGCUUCAAAGUGGCAGGAAUUGCAGCUGCACUUGGUGGUGGGGUGUUAGGCUUCACAGGUGGAAAAUUGAUACAAAGAAGGAAACAGAAAAUGAUGGAGAAGCUCACUUCCAGCUGUCCAGAUCUUCACAGCCAAACUGACAAAAAAUGCAGUUAAAAACCAGACUUUGGUAUUUCUGGCACCAGCGUGUUCAUCCUAACAAGCACCUUGCUGCUGUUGGACACUCAGUUGGCUUUUGGAACACUACGUGUCAGGACAGUGGCUCCGGAUGCCCGAAUGCGACUGAACCUUGAGAGUAGAUGUGUCUUCUUUUGCUGGGUGUUGAUGGAGAUUCUAGGGAUGGAGGAGCUAAGGGUGUGUAAUGUCCUGAGGCCAAAUUUAAAGAUUGUCAAGGAGCAGAUUUUCUGCCUGCAAAUGUGAAAAUUGAAUUUAAAACUUGGUUUAGGACUAUAUAUCCUUGAAUUGGAGACCUUUGGACUAAGUAUUUCUCAGACAUAUUAGUGUUAAAAGAAUGGGAGGUCAGAAGGUAUUCUAUCAGAUAGGGAACUCCACACAACUAGGGGUACAGGUGACCUCCAACAUGGAAUCUAGGGGGUGAACCCAACUGUAGUGUGAGCCAGCUUACAUUAUUUUUAGGUGAGGGAAAGUAAUAGUAUAAGAAAAUGGAAAGAGGCCCAGUUUCUCUUUCAGAUGUCAUUUGUGACACUGGCUUCUUUCCAGAACUCUUCUUCUGCUCUCUUUAAGUAAAGAGCCCUGAAUACCAAGUGGUGGAAGACAUACUGAGCCAGUCACCAGGCUCACUGUGCCAGACUGACUCCUACCACCUCAACCAUCCAGUGCCCUUUUUUUCUCUCCUUUGUGACUUUGCAAAGCUUUUCAGUUUGUGGGGUGAAUGCUACUGCUGUGUAAUGAGCACUUUUCUCAUCAUCUGCCUUCCCAUCUCUACCCUUUCCUGUGACCUUUAAGUUUAAAAAGGAAAUGAGGAAAACUUCCAGUCUCCAAAAUUGUUAGUUUGGGCUAAAAAUGAGGAGGCCCAAAAAUUAUGAAACCAUAUUCUGGGGUACUUCCUGGUUUUGAGGAGCUGAUGGACUGACCCACUACACAAGGGGCUUCUUCUGUAUCCUGUUCAACCUGCCUUUUGGGGAACAAGGAACUAACUUUCUACCUCACUGCCAUUACAACUAGCCACUCCUCAGGCUUCUGUCUCUCCUAUACUUUCCACAUUUCCUGUUUCUUCCCAAAAAUGCCAUUUAUGCUUAACUUUUUCCCAAUGCUUUAGGGGUGACAAAGCCUGGUCCCAAGACUCGGUCCCAAUAAGGAAUUUGCAGUGCUAAUACCAACACUUGACAUUGACAUCAAGCAUGGUACAGCCCAACUCCAUGUCUGUUUCAAGUAGAAAAAGGGUUUACACUUUAAAAACAAGGAUUAGAGGCAGCCUCACCAUACCCCUAACUCAGAGUAAGGAGGGAACUGCUUUUUUGCCUUACUUUUUUUUUUUUUUCCUGAGGUCAGGAGUGGGAGCAGGCAGUUGCUUACCAGGAGCUCGGUGGUUUAUCAUGUAGCUUCUCUCUUGCUGAGGUUACUUUAAGUAACUUUGCUACCUGUCAUUUCUGUGUCUAAAGAGAUCGCUUUCCAAUUUUUGAGUUUCAUCAAUGAAUUCUGAAUGAGACAGCACCAUGUAGCACUGCUCUUAAAUAAUUGACAAGUAGCAACUAUUAUUUGCUUACUUACAUCUUAAGUACAAAAGAAAAAAACUGAGUAAGGGUCAGAUUCUGAUCCCAUAUGUGACAAUGGACAACAAGGUUGGGAUAAUUACUUUUUUUCCAUUCUUGGGAUUGAACCCAGAGUCUUCCCAGUGAGCUACAUCCCCAGUCACUGGUUUACAUUUUGAGACAGGGUCUUGCUGGAUCACUGAGUUGCCAGGGCUGAGCUCCAACUUGUGAUCUUUCUGUUUCAGCUUCCCAGAGUGCUGGAAUUGCAGGUGCAGCUGCCAUGCCCAGCUUGCUAUCCACGCUUCCUAUUCUUUGGCCCUUGCUGUCCUUCUUCCAAGCUGUUCAAACCCAAAUGAAAAUCAGAACUCACACAGGUGUUUAAAACAAGACUUCCAGGGCUGGAGAUACAGCUCAGCAGAUAAGGGCCUUUCUGGCAAGCACAAGGUCCUGAGUUUGGUCCCUGGUA